GAUUCGAAAGAGGUGUAAAAGAUUUCUGGUUUUUGUUUUUUGUUUUUUUUUUUUUUUGAGGGGUUUUGAUUGAUUGGUUUGGUGGGUCGAUGGCUGCGAGUGCAAACCCUUCUGGGAAUAAUAGUAAUAAUAAUAAUGAUCAAGAAGGUUCUUCAGCCAAUGCAAAUGGCGCCACCAAUAACGGCAGUUCGGUUCCCCAUGACAACUCGCCGGUGGGUCCCACCCAGGCGGCGCUCCGCCACAACCCUGGUCUCUCCGUCGAAUGGACCCCGGACGAGCAGUACCUCUUGGAGGAUUUGCUCAACAAAUAUUCCUCAGAACGCAACAUUGUGCGGUAUGCAAAAAUUGCAAUGCAGUUAAAAGAUAAGACAGUUCGGGACGUGGCAUUGCGCUGUAGAUGGAUGAACGUAAUUCUUCAAUCCUUAUUGAAAAAGGAAAAUGGUAAGCGAAGGAAGGAGGACCAUAAUUCUGCAAGGAAAAACAAGGACAAAAAGGAAAAAAUUACAGACCCUAUGGCAAAGUCAGCGUCUCAUGUUACAAACCGUUCAAAUGGUCCUCCAUAUGCUCAAUCAGUGAUCUCUAUGGAUAGUGAUGAUGGGAUCUCAUACAAAGCUAUUGGUGGCGUGAAAGGAGAGCUUCUUGAGCAAAAUGGCCAAGCCUUGGAACAAAUUUCUGCGAAUUUUGCAUCUUUGAGGUCUUGUUUCUUUUUUUCUUGCAGAUACAUGAAAACAUCAAUCUCUUUUGCCAAACUCAAAAUAACAUCCUCACAAUAUUGAACGACAUGAAUGACAUGCCGGAGAUAAUGAAGCAGAUGCCACCACUUCCAGUGAAGUUGAACGAAGAGCUAGCUAACUCCAUCCUUCCUCCGCCAUCCUUGCAGAAGAAUUCCUGAUCGUAGCUUCCACAUGGGCUUACUGAUUUUGCUUCCAACUCUUCUGCUCAAGUUGGGAUAUUUCGAUUAUGAUAUGAAAUUAGAAUAAACUAGUUAAUUAGGGUCCGGUUCAUUUUUCAGUUCGAAAUGGAGAUUGAAGUGCUUUUAGUGUUUCCAAUACCUUUAGAUGCAAACAGUCUUGUUUUAGUACUUUAUUUCUGUAUAAUUUGUUUUAAUCUUUUUCCUUUACGCUGUAUUUGGUUAGGGAAUUUGAUGAGAGAUUUGGAAAAGGAAAGAAAAAAUGUGUGUGAAAUUAGGUGAUAUGUAGGUAUAUUUUAUUCAUAUUUCACCUACCUUUUCCGUUUCCUUUUCUUUUUCCUUUCCAUUUAUAAAUCCCUCAUCAAAUCUCCUAAUCAAACACAACAUUAUUGAUUUUUGGGAAGUAACUUGUAUAGUAUGUUUUGAACAAGAGUGUGUCGUGUGUGAAUACUUACUAGUUGGUUGUCAUAAUUCUUGACUCUGUAAAUGAAUUGAAGGAAAAGCUGUUCAUCUUUGGCUUCUUGUGUUCUCAA